AUGCCACACCAAGUGUUCUACGUCCGACCCUACAAUCCCCUCCACGAGUUCGCCACCCUCGCAAUCAUAUGCACCGCAUUCACCUGCAUCAAUGGAUACACCACGUGCCACCCAGUUUCUUCCAUCAGCUUCACCCUAAACCUGGUCAACGGCUUCCUGGGCGGCGGCGCGGUUGGAUUAUGCCUCUGCAACAUUUCAUUCGAGCCUACGAUGACCUGGACGACAGAGAAGAGGGUUGGUGGUAGUUGUGUGGACAUUGAGGCGGUUGGGGAUGGGGACAGUGCUGGUGCUGGUGCCGGAGGUGGGAGUUUGAGUGGGGGCAAUAGCGGAUCGGGAAGGAUUGUCAAGGUGAAGAGGCCGAUUUUCGGGUUCAAGCGUUUCGAAAGGACAUUUGAGACUGAGGAUGAAGUUUGGAGGGACGGGUUUCGGUAUGAGAAGGCAUUUGUUAGGAUUUGA